ACGUGUUGUGUGAACAGGGAACCGAACAGAGCAUUCCCGCUUUGUUGUGUUUGCGUUUAGCUUUGUUUCGUGUCAACUCCAUUGUUUUAGCACAUCGUUGUGUAGUAAUGUGCUCUGCAAACUGAAAUUGUUAGCAAUACAGAAUAUACAAUCAUCAAUAAAGUUGCAUUCACGAGAAAUCAAAAGCUGGCAUAAGUUAAGAAGACAUGUCGAAUAAUAAUCCAUUGAGCGCAUCUGCUCUUGAGCAAUCUGAUGAUGUACCUGAUCUUAUUGAUGCAGAUAGUGACAAGGAUUGGAGUGAUGAAGAAGACUGUGAUGAUGUUGGACAGAACCAAGUCGUUAACUGCAUUUUCACUGAAAAAAGUUUUCCAAGUGCAAAAAGUUAUUUUUUAAAUUUAAAAUCCACACAAGGUUUCGAUAUUUGGAACAUUGUUCAUUUGGAACUGAGUUUAGACUUCUUUGGUUAUGUAAAGCUUAUUAACUUCUUAAGAAGUUCAUAUAAUGGGAAGGCACCACCAUCUAUAAAGGAACUUAAGGAAAAUAGGGAAAUCUGGGAUCAGGAAAAAUAUUUAAAACCAGUUGUUGAGGAUGAUCUUUUGCUUCAAUUCAUGAUUGAUGAUGAGGAUGAUUAUGAAAAUGAAGAUGGAUCUUUGCACCUGGACGACUCAAUGCUUUCUAAUGGAGGUCCAAAAGAUGAUGUUACGGUGCUACAAAAGAAGCUUCGAAUUUCAGAGGAAGAGAACAAAAAUCUAAGGAUGCAGUUGCAGGAAGUAUCCAGCAGGAUGAAUGAGAUGAAGUCAUUCAUGAAAGGUGUUAUAAUGAAAGGGGAUAUUUAUCGACCAACAUCUGCAUGCAGGAGUCAGGAUGGACUUGAGGAAGAGGAAUUUGAAGACUCUGGUUAUUUUGGCACUUACUCCCACCAUGACAUUCAUGCUGAAAUGUUGCAAGACACAGUUCGGACCAAAUCUUAUCAUGAUGCUAUUAUGUUAAACUCUGAUAGGUUUAAAGAUAAGAUUGUUUUGGAUGUUGGUUGUGGAACUGGAAUACUGUCUAUGUUUGCAGCAAAAGCUGGAGCAAAACAUGUAUAUGCUGUUGAUAUGUCAGAAAUCGCAUUUCAAGCUAUGGAUAUUGUUAGAGAAAAUGACUUUAAUAAUAAAAUUACAGUUAUAAAGGGCUGUAUUGAAGAAGUUACUCUACCAGUUGCUAAAGUUGACAUUAUAAUAUCAGAAUGGAUGGGCUACUUCUUGUUGUAUGAGUCUAUGCUUGAUUCUGUAUUGUUUGCUGCAAAGAAAUGGCUUAAUAAUGAUGGAUUUGUAUUACCAGAUCGCUGCGAUGUGCAUUUGGUAGCAGCACAUGAUGAAAAGCUAUUGGAGUCACAAAUUGGGCAUUGGGAUAACGUUUACGGUUUUAAAAUGUCUUGCAUAAAGCGAUCUGCUGUCAGUGAAGCUUUUGUUCAAGUAGUGAGACCAACAGCCACUAUUUCAGACUCUGUUUCUGUGAUGAACAUCGCUUUACCAAAUAUUACCCAAAAACAACUUAACUAUAAGUCCGACUUUGUAUUUAAAAUCACAAAAUCUGGUAAAUUAUCCUUUGUUGUUGGAUAUUUUGACAUUUUUUUCUCAAAUGGUUUAGAUAACAAUAUUUCUUUUACAACUGGCCCAUGGACAACUGCAACUCAUUGGAAACAAACUGUAUUUUUCCUUAAUGAGUCCUUAGAUGUAAAUGUUGGAGACCGAAUUGAUGGCUCAAUCUAUUGUAGAAAAAAUCCCAAGGAUCCAAGGUCACUUUUAGUUGAUUGGUCAAUCAAAGGCAAAACAAGCACAUAUUCUCUGUCAUAAUUAUCUAAUAAAUUAAUUUGUUGAAUUGCAAAUAAAUUUCUUAGGCAUUUUGCUCAUUUUUAAAAUCUUAGAAAAUGUGUGUUUUUUGGAUAUAUUUGAAACAAAAAAUGUUAUUAGUUAAAAAGAUGAAUUGAGUUGUCUGUAAGUUAUUUAUUUAAAAUAUUUGGUCGAAUGCAGGUAUUGAAAACGGUCCUAAAGAGAUCGAAGCGUUUUGUUUAUGUAUUUCUGAUCGAAGUCUCCCCAAUGUGGGGCGCACCAAACGUUGUGAAAAUAAAUCAGCCGUUAAAUGUUUACAGAAAAGUUUAAAUGCGGGAAAUAAGAAACUUUUUGAAGAAAAUGUUUUAACGUCUCCGUUUUAACAAGUAAUAAAAACCAAUAUUUAUAUAAA